AUUUAGUUUGUACCACUGUUAUAUACUUCUUUUUAUUUCUUCGUGGUUCGGCAAGAAGGUGAUUUUGUCGUCUCGGCUGUUUAUCCGUAAAAUAAUAAAAAAUGGGUUUUGUGAAGGUAGUCAAAAAUAAACAAUACUUUAAGCGUUAUCAAGUAAAAUUCAAGAGGCGACGUGAAGGUAAAACUGAUUAUUAUGCGCGUAAACGAUUAACAAUUCAAGAUAAAAAUAAAUACAAUACUCCGAAAUAUAGAUUAAUUGUUCGUUUGUCUAACAAGGAUAUCACAUGCCAAAUUGCGUAUUCAAGAAUUGAAGGAGAUAAAAUCGUAUGUGCUGCAUACAGUCAUGAACUUCCCAGAUAUGGAAUUAAAGUUGGACUCACUAACUACGCAUCAGCCUACUGUACUGGAUUAUUAGUAGCAAGAAGGCUCCUUAAAAAGUUAGGCUUGGAUGGAUUAUAUACAGGCACUAUAGAAGUAACUGGGGACGAAUAUAAUGUAGAAGAAUUAGAUAAAGGACCUGGGGCAUUUAGGUGUUACUUAGAUACAGGUUUGAUGCGUACCACUACUGGUGCAAGAGUAUUUGGGGCAAUGAAGGGAGCCGUAGAUGGAGGUCUUAAUAUUCCUCAUAGUACGAAAAGAUUCCCAGGCUAUGAUAGUGAAUCAAAAACUUUCAAAGCCGAUGUACAUCGAAAACAUAUUUUUGGACAGCAUGUUGCCAAUUAUAUGAGAAUUUUGGAAGAGCAAGAUGACGAAAUUUAUAAAAAACAAUUUUCCCAGUAUAUCAAAAAUGGAAUUAGUGCUAAUAGCAUCGAAGAUAUGUAUAAGAAAGCACAUGACGCCAUACGUGCUAAUCCAGAGCACGUGAAAGUUACAAGAACUAAGGAACCUGUUAAGAAGCGGUGGAAUCGUGCAAAAUUAUCGUUAUCCGAACGCAAAAAUCGUGUUGCACAGAAGAAAGCAUCUUUCCUUAAAACUUUGGAAGAAAUGGAAGCCUAAAAGGCUUAUUAUUAUUUUAUAUUAUUCCCAGCCUUAUCCAACACAGUAUAUUUGAUUAACAGUACAAUAUUGUGUAUUUGGUUGAAUUUGGCACGAGAAUAAAAUAAGAUGAUUAAAAUAUCA